GACGUGCCCACCGUUGUAGCCUGUCUCGUCGUCUGACGCGUUCGCGGAGGAUCACCGGCGGCUCCGGCCGGCCGCCGCGUAUCAGUCUACAAAAGGCCUACUCAUACACACCCGACCUGAGCUGUAUGGCGGUUGACACGAUGGAAUCGGUUGCCGUCGUGGCCGUGCCGUUCCCGGCGCAGGGCCAUCUGAACCAGCUGCUCCACCUGUCGCUGCUGCUGGCGUCGCGGGGGCUGUCCGUGCACUACGCGGCGCCCCCGCCGCACGUCCGCCAGGCGCGCGCGCGCGUGCACGGCUGGGACCCCAGGGCGCUCGGCUCCAUCCACUUCCACGACCUCGACGUGCCGGCGUACGACUCCCCCGCGCCGGACCUGGCCGCGCCGUCGCCGUUCCCGAACCACCUCAUGCCCAUGUUCGAGGCCUUCGCCGCCGCGGCGCGCGCCCCGCUCGCGGCCCUCCUCCAGCGCCUGUCCACCAGCUACCGCCGCGUGGCCGUCGUCUUCGACCGCCUCAACCCCUUCGCCGCCACGGAGGCGGCGCGGCUGGCCAACGCCGACGCGUUCGGCCUGCAGUGCGUCGCCAUCUCGUACACCGUCGGGUGGCUGGACCCGGGGCACCGCCUCCUCAGCGACUACGGCCUCCAGUUCCUGCCCCCCGACGACUGCAUGUCCAGGGAGUUCGUCGACCUGGUCUUCCGGAUGGAGGAGGAGGAGCAGGGCGCGCCCGUCGCCGGCUUGGUCAUGAACACGUGCCGCGCGCUGGAGGGCGAGUUCCUCGACGCCGUCGCCGCGCAGCCGCCGUUCCAAGGCCAGAGGUUCUUCGCGGUCGGCCCGCUGAACCCGCUCCUGCUCGAUGCGGACGCCCGGACGGCGCCGCGGCACGAGUGCCUGGAGUGGCUCGACAGGCAGCCGCCGGAGUCGGUGCUCUACGUCUCGUUCGGCACGACUUCGUGCCUCCACGCCGACCAAGUCGCCGAGCUCGCCGCGGCGCUCAAGGGCAGCAAGCAGCGUUUCGUCUGGGUGCUGCGCGACGCCGACCGCGCCGACAUAUACGCCGAGUCCGGCGACAGCCGGCACGCCAAGUUCCUGUCCGAGUUCACCAGGGAGACCGAGGGCACGGGGCUGGUCGUCACCGGGUGGGCGCCGCAGCUGGAGAUCCUGGCGCACGGCGCCACGGCGGCCUUCAUGAGCCACUGCGGCUGGAACUCGAUCAUCGAGAGCCUGAGCCACGGGAAGCCGGUACUUGCCUGGCCCAUGCACUCCGACCAGCCGUGGGACUCGGAGCUUCUGUGCAACUACUUCAAGGCAGGGCUCCUGGUCAGGCCCUGGGAGAAACACGCUGAAAUCAUACCGGCGCAGGCCAUCCAAAAGGUGAUCGAGGAGGCAAUGCUAUCCGACAGCGGGAUGGCGGUGCGGCAGCGGGCCAAGGAGCUCGGGGAGGCGGUUCGCGCCUCCGUGGCUGACGGCGGGAACUCGCGUAAGGAUCUCGACGAUUUCAUUGGUUACAUCACAAGGUGAAAGUAUGACGACGACGCAUCACGCAUGCAUGGGGGAUACAAUACAAAAACUUUUUGUGCUUUCAGCGGUUAAUCGGAGAACUUUGAAUCGUUCACUGC